CGAUUGCGCGGGAAAAAUGAGACUUCGGCGGCGGUGGGGGGUGUAAGCUGCGCAUGCGCAGUUGGUGUCUGUAACGAUAUCACCACCUGCCCCGUCCCUCGCCUCACGUGACCUCUGACCCCCUCUCCUCCUCUUCACGGUCCCGCCCCCCGCGAUGCGCGCGCCACUGCCCCAGCUCGACUAGAUGAAGGCCUAAGCUGUAUACAGUAAUAAUAAUAAAUUAAGAUUUCAACGUUUAAGCUUACCCAAUUGAGAGGUCGUUUCCUCACAGUUGCGCUUCUUUUGUCGUCUGUGAGCCGAUAGGCGUCGCGAAGCCAGUGUGCGCUCGUUUGCUCGCGGGUUCCCGCGGCCAGGGAGAGGGAGGGGAGAGUGUAACUGCGUGAGGUCUGAGCCACAGCGGGCCCCGGAUCCCGCGAUGGCGUCGGAGGAGAAGAAGGCAGAGGCGGACGGAGAGAAGUCGCAAGCGACGGCGCCACCGGCGAGUUCCAACAGUCAGGGCAAGCCGACCCCAAUGAAGCCCAACUACACGCUCAAGUUCACGCUGGCCGGCCACACCAAGGCCGUGUCCUCCGUCAAGUUCAGUCCCAACGGAGAGUGGCUCGCCAGUUCCUCCGCUGACAAGCUAAUAAAGAUUUGGGGUGCAUACGAUGGGAAGUUUGAGAAGACCAUCUCAGGGCACAAGCUGGGUAUCUCUGACGUGGCAUGGUCCUCGGAUUCGAAUCUCCUUGUCUCAGCCUCUGAUGACAAAACCCUGAAGAUCUGGGACAUGAACUCGGCCCUGCAGGGUAAAUGCCUGAAGACACUGAAGGGACACAGUAACUACGUGUUUUGCUGUAACUUCAACCCCCAGUCGAAUCUCAUCGUCUCAGGCUCGUUUGAUGAGAGCGUGCGCAUCUGGGAUGUGAAGACGGGGAAAUGUCUCAAAACGCUGCCUGCACACUCCGAUCCCGUGUCAGCGGUUCACUUCAACCGGGACGGCUCCCUCAUCGUGUCCAGCAGCUAUGACGGGCUAUGCCGGAUCUGGGAUACAGCAUCAGGACAGUGUCUCAAGACACUCAUAGACGACGACAACCCCCCUGUGUCAUUUGUAAAGUUCUCUCCCAACGGGAAGUAUAUCCUUGCUGCCACGCUGGACAGUACCCUGAAGCUGUGGGACUACAGCAAGGGAAAGUGCCUGAAGAGGUACACGGGACACAAGAAUGAGAAGUACUGCAUCUUCGCCAACUUCUCCGUCACGGGAGGGAAGUGGAUCGUGUCCGGCUCUGAGGACAACCUGGUCUACAUCUGGAACCUGCAGACCAAGGAGAUUGUGCAGAAACUGCAGGGACACACGGACGUGGUGUUGUGUACUGCGUGCCACCCCACAGAGAAUAUCAUCGCGUCGGCCGCGCUUGAAAACGACAAAACCAUCAAGCUGUGGAAGAGCGACUGUUAGGGGCGGGGGUUGGGUUGGGGGGGGGGUGGGGGGGCGGGGCGGCCGCUUCACAGUCCUACCCACAAUUUUGUGCGUUUGUCGGGAGGCUUAAAAGGGUCACGGUCCGCAAGUGGAAUUUUUAUGGUGAUGGCGGGGCCACCGGAAACAAAUGCCGCGGGCGCGUGAAACCGCGUAAGGGCAAGCCGCGGGGUGGGCGGCGGUGGGGGGUGGCGUAGCUGCGGUAGGCGCUUCCUUUCCGAGACAGCGGAGGGCGGGGGGGGAAACGCGCGUGGGGGACAGAGGAGCCAUUCGGGGUGCGCGUGCCAUGCGUGAGAAAGAAGGCGUCGGGAGAGGCUGCAAUAUACGGCCACGGGACGAAUUACAUCAGGAGAGAGGAGGAAGGUGAAAUCUCCUUGGGAGAAGGCGAAUUUGUUGCAGUGAGUCCAUCUCUCGUGACGCCCUGAGUCAAAUGGAGACAUCUCAGCUUGUUGUCCCACCCCCCCCCCCCGCAACUCCGAUUGGCACGGUUGGCUACGUACGGUGCAAAAGAAGUUCCAUUCAUACAAAGUUUACUGUACAUACAUCGUGGCCGGGAGCGGAGGUUUAAACGUGAGGAUGGGAGAUUCGACUCCAGGCCCCCCGUGACCUCUGCGUCGCUGAAGGCAGCGUGUGAAACAGGAGGAGAAUUUGGACUCUGAGCUUCUAAUAAUUCAGUUAAUCACGGUCACUUGGUUCAUUCAAUAAAUGUGUCAGUCCAGUAUGUCAAUCAGGUCACUCAGCCACUCGCUCAGUUACACAAUCAGCCCAUCACUUGGUCACUAGGUCAUUCAUUCAAUCAGUCACUUCGUCAAUCGUUUGAACCAAUCACUGUCACAAAGUCACGAGUCAAUUGCUCAUUAAAGACGUUUCAUUUUAAAGCAUCCCACCCAUGCACCGACUUUGAAGCCAUACAUUUUUCAGGGUUUGACGUGUGACGUGCAUGACCUCUGCCAUCCGAUUGUUCAAUGCUGUCCCAGCCGGCCACCAGGGGGAGCCGCGAUCAGAUGUCUGCAGAUUUGGGGGCGGCUCAUGAACUUGACAGCAGGAAACGCAGCGGCAACUAUCCCUGCUGACAGUUGCCCUACAAGUUCCCCACUGGGUCAUGACCUUAAACAUGCUUGGACGGGGGUGGACAGAAGUGGCGGUGGGGGCGGGAGGUUGUGACGAGAGAGGGGAAGACGGUGAAGGUCGCCCUGGUGUGUGACCGCGUUGCCCUGAGCGUCGCCUGGUUGCGAGAAAGAUCCGACUGAUCGACUAGGGUCGCGGUCACGGAUUGCGAGGUUUCUCUUAAGUCUGCCUCCGCUCACUCUCCUUCCCUCCCAGAGCAGGGGCCGGGCAACAUACGGCCCCAUGGGAUCCAGACUUGACCCUCCCCAGAUAAUUCAUUUCAUACGGCCCGCUCUUAUUUAUACUUUUAACUUCCCAUUAGUUUUUUUUUAUUAGCCAGCGGGUUUAGAUUUCGUGCACACGCGGCCCACAGCAACAUUUUAAGCGUCACUCGGGUCACUUCUGUCACCCACGAGGGGCCCUCCCCCCCACCCCGUUAACCUGGCCGACGGGUGCACAACCAUCUUGACCUUCGUAACGCUAACGCCAGGGUGUGUGCAGAUGGCGGGUGCGAUUGCCCGUCGCCAGAGAAGUGAUUUGACAAUUGUUGGGGGAGGUUUCCCCAGCAACCCUUACUGUGCCAACAGGGCUGGGCCUCUCUCGUCUCGAGGCUAAACCGUGGGUGGCCCAAUAACUUAACACCUCCAUGAACCGGCUCGGCCACAACAACAGCAUCGCCACCACCGCUACCACCAGUCGCCAGGUGUGGCUGCUGGCCUCUUGCUCUGAGUUGGAACGCAGACAAGGCAACAUCCAUUGGUGGACCCGGUGGAAGCCUGACCCUCAUCGUCACGAUUUACGGGCAGACGGCCCGUUUUGUCAUUCGUAUCUUGGCCCCUCAGUGUAGGGAAACUCGGAGGUCGAAAGGCUGAAUGGGGAUUUAUUUUACUUGGGUUGUGUGUGAAUAGUCUUGGCGUCAACGCGGGACCAAACGAACUUCAGCUUCAUUACCGAUUUGUUUUUAUUUUCCUCACUGCACAACCGAACCGUGCUGGAGACGGCGGGGGGGGUAACGGGCACGGUCUGAUGCCAUGAGCGGGGUGACAGCUUCGCCAUUGUCUCUCUCCGGGUGGCACCCGGCACGCCACGUCCAUUGUACGCCUCACUCCGUCUGUCACCGCGAGAUGUGUGCCACCGAUUUCAGUCGACCAGCGAUCGGCCACACCGCAUCGAAGAAUGCCUCUCGCCCAUGGCCGUGGCUUCUCCGAGUCAAGUCCCACAUCCUACUACAGUCUAUCAGUGACACUAUUUCAGCACACCACAUCCAGUAUACCUGUCACACCGCAUCGAAGAAUGCCUCUCGCCCAUAGCCGUGGCUUCUCCGAGUCAAGUCCCACAUCCUACUACAGUCUAUCAGUGACACUAUUUCAGCACACCACAUCCAGUAUACCUGUCGCUAUGAUGACCGUGAUCGUCUUUUUUUAAUAAUCGGCAUCCCUGACGAAGAUCCGAUGGAGAAAUUGAGCCCCUGGCGUUGAGGAUCUGGGGGGUGGGGGGCGACUAUGGGGAAGACCCCUUGGCCGAGACGGGGAGGGAGUCGCGCGCGUCGAUACAUUUCGGCCGGUGUUCAUUUUUUUAAAUUGUCAUCAGUUUGUUUUCAAGUAAAAUGGAGUGAUAACCCAAAC